AUGUCCUUCGACGACAUCCCCGAGGACCUCGCUUGCGAGAUCUUGUCCCGCAUCACCGACCCGGGAGACCGCGUUCGCCUCGCCGCGGUGAGCAGGGUGUUCAGGGACGCGGAGAAGGCGGGAGUCGCGUCGUUGCCUGGCUCGCCCAGUGCGUUGGUCGAGCUCGGUCGUGGGUUUCAGCGGAUUGCUUCGGUCGAAAAGGCGUUCUAUUGGUGGCGUAAGGCCGCGGAUCAUGCCGAUGCCCGUGCCAUGCACGAGAUCGCAAUGUGCUACUACUAUGGGUGGGGCGUGAAGCAAGACCACACGAAGGCGGUCGAGUGGUUUGAAAGCGCGUCCAGGUGCGGAGAAGCCUACGCGACCCUCAUCCCGCUCAUCCACGCUAUGGCAAAUAUAUGUGCGCGUACUCGAGGCUGA